AUGACUCUCUCCCCAUCAAUCACUGCGACUAUCAAUUCCAACACGCUCUGCUUCUACAAAGAAAAGAAUGCGAUUCUCAUUGCUACUAAGCGUGCGCACAAUGUCCCACUACUCGAAGGCCGCACAGACGAACCAGGGACAGUACCUGAGUCGGUUUCCCAUGCCAUAACAACCACACCAGUGUCAAUUGAGACAUGGCACCGGCGUUUCUGCCAUCGGAGCUAUGCCACAAUCGACAAGAUGCUCUCAACUAGUGUUGUCAAAGAUUUUGCCACCACUGGCAAGACAAUAACCCCAGCUCUUUGCGUACCCUGUGUAGAGGGCAAGCAGACUCGUGCACCACAUACAGUGCCUGCAAAACGAUCAGAAUCUGUCCUUGGACGCAUCUCCUCAGACGUCCAUGGGCCAGUGCCAACUCAGAGCCGGAAGGGACAUCGGUAUUGGGUUACAUUCAUUGACGAUAAAUCACGUCGUGUUACCCUGUACACACUCCUCAGCAAGCACAGAGUUCUCGAGGCAUUUAAAGACUUCAAAAUGCACGCUGAGACGGAGCUGGGGGUAAAGAUUAAAUGUCUACGAGAUGACAAAGGUGGCGAAUACAUGUCCACCGAGUUCCAAAACUACUGUGCAGAGAAUGGCAUCCAACGCGAACACACCAUCCGCGACAGUCCCCAGCAGAAUGGAGUCGCUGAGAGAUUCAACCGUCACCUUGCUGAAGGGGUAACUGCAAUGCUUUCAGAAGCAAAGCUACCACCGUCGUUCUGGGCCGAUGCUGCCAGAGCCUUUGUCCACACCCAUAACCGACUUCCAUCCUCUGUUCUCAAUGGUAUAACACCCAUAGAGAUCUGGAAUGGCUCAAAACCCUCUGCUGGACACCUACAUGCUUGA